AUGACAGCCCAACCACAAGUAACAGUUAAGCUUAGUGUAAAGCCAAAUAGUGAUAGCAAGCCUGAAAAUUAUAUUGAUGGCAGAAAUCUUACCAUUGAGGUCACCAGAUCUUUAUAUCCUAGUGACAGAGGAUCUACUGCAAACUUCUACGAGUACAAAUAUGCCCUGAAAACUGGAGGGAAAGAGUUCACGCUCCUAAAAGUACUAGGUGAUAGUGGCAAACACAUUCAACUAAUUCUUCCUGAAGAACAGAACAGUAUUCCCAACGUCACCUCAGUUCAUGCUUAUUACUGGAAGUACAACAAUGGCCUUGGUAACACACCCGGUAAGGUUCUCUUGAUAGGAGUUACCACUGAAUCAGAUGGAACUAAGUAUUAUGUCAAGAGUAGUGGUAGUCCUAAAUGGCAUCGGUUUAAUUUCGGUUAUCUUCUCAAACAGUCUCUUACACCUGAGGACCUUGAGAAAAAGCUUGACGACCUUAACUGUAAACGUAAUAAGGCUAUCGCUAUAAAUCUUUACUUUGUUGUACCUCAGAGUCAUUUCAGUGGUGGAAAUAAGUACUGUUGCUAUUACCAUUACCACAGAGGUACUGAAAAGGUAUCCGUUGAGUCAAAGACAAUUUCCUGUACACAACCGGAUCACAGCUCAAAUAUCAUUUCAUAUCAAAAACAUUCAAUUACCGAUAGCAAAUAUACUCUUGCUGACAUUAAGUACCACGAAAAAGGUGGACGUACUGGUAAAAGAACUAGAAUAACUGCUUCUGAGUUGGGUUUUCCCAUUAAAGGCCCUCUCACUGUAUCUGCAUUUUAUCGUCAAGAGAAUGAUCCCAAGCUAAUCUGUAUUAAAUACGGAAACUUUAAGGUUGAGUGGUACAAGAAAGGUGGUGAUGAUUCUCAGUGGACAAGGGUCCAGGGUAUAUCAAAGGAUCCAGAAAACAUUAAAGACUGUAAUGGAAGCGACUUUAAAGCACUUGUUAACGCACUAACAGGUUCUGAAAAGCAUGAGUCUCAUUCUCAACUAGCUUCUCAUUCGGUUAAUACUAUUAUUACUACUUUUCCUGUUCUUCUUCCCGAAUUUACUGCUGAAGCUCGUAAAGCCCCUUCUGACGAUGAAUCUGAGGGUAAUGGACUUUCAACGGAAGCAAUAAUAGGAAUAUCUGCUGCAAGUGUAGGUGGAACAGGGUUGGGUGGUCUCGCUGUGUGGAAGGGACCUGCUAUACUUGCACGACUAAUUGCUCGUCUGUAA